AGUACCUGGUGGAGCCAGGUAAGCUACUCUCCCUCCCAGGAGCAACCUGAUGCCCCCGGGGUGAGUGGGGUGGGGGGUGGGGGCAUUGCAAGCACUGGGAUAAUGGAGGGGGGACAGUUAGGAGAUGCAGACUCCUGUCCUCUUGGCCCUGCACUGGACACUCACCCUGGCAUGCGUGUAGGACAAAUGGCAUGCCCCCUCCCCUUCCCAGGGGGCCUUUGGUAAAAGUGAGAACUGGACUCAGGCUCUGGGGCACAAUACUGCUCAGUCACCUCGUGACCAGCCCUGCUGCAGUGAACAGUGCCAAUGGGGACACAGCAGGAGCUGAGCCAGAGGAGAGCAUGGAGAUGCUGCUGUCUACCCCACACAGCAUUGAGAUCAAUAACAUCACCUGUGACUCCUUUCGCAUCUCCUGGGCCAUGGAGGGCAGUGACCUAGAGAGAGUCACUCAUUACUUCAUUGACCUCAACAAGAAGGAGAAUAAGAACUCCAACAAAUUCAAGCAUAGGGAUGUCCCCACAAAACUGGUGGCAAAAGCAGUGCCCCUGCCCAUGACGGUGAGGGGUCACUGGUUCCUGAGCCCCCGCACAGAAUACAGUGUGGCCGUGCAGACUGCCGUGAAGCAAAGUGAUGGAGAAUACCUGGUGUCUGGAUGGAGUGAGACGGUUGAGUUCUGCACAGGAGAUUAUGCCAAAGAGCAUUUGGCACAGCUUCAAGAGAAGGCAGAACAGAUCGCUGGGCGUAUGCUCCGAUUCUCUGUCUUCUACCGGAACCAACACAAGGAGUACUUCCAGCAUGCCAGGACUCACUGUGGGAACAUGCUUCAGCCUUACCUGAAGGACAACAGCGGCAGCCAUGGCUCUCCUACCAGUGGUAUGCUCCACGGUGUCUUCUUCAGCUGUAACACUGAGUUCAACACCGGCCAGCCCCCUCAGGACUCCCCCUAUGGCCGAUGGCGCUUCCAGAUUCCAGCCCAGCGCCUCUUUAACCCCAGCACCAACCUCUACUUUGCAGACUUUUAUUGUAUGUACACAGCCUACCACUAUGCCAUUCUGGUACUGGCCCCCAAAGGCUCCCAGGGUGACCGCUUCUGCCGGGACCGUCUUCCCCUUCUGGACAUUGCCUGCAACAAGUUCCUGACCUGCAGUGUGGAAGACGGAGAGCUGGUCUUCCGUCAUGCCCAGGAUCUCAUUCUGGAGCUCAUCUACACGGAACCAGUCGACCUGUCGCUUGGCACUCUGGGUGAAAUCAGUGGGCACCAGCUGAUGAGCCUUUCAACUGCUGAUGCCAAGAAAGACCCCAGCUGCAAGACCUGCAAUAUCAGUGUGGGGCGCUAGGGACUCCUAGGGGGAUCCGGGGGUGAGUCAGGAGGGGACUGACAUGGAGAGGACAAGGGAGAGAGAAGUGGCACAUGGGAGGAAACCUCAGUUGACAGCGGUCUAGGGAGCUGGGCUUCUCUCUUGUCUCCUCCUGAUCCCCAUUCUCAUGCCAUGCUGCCCUCACUCCCAAUACUAAUGAGAUAGAGGGAGCCUGUGUGAAAGCAUCCCCUUUUCAGCUGGCAGUCUCACUCCCACCGGAAGCAAGUCACAAAAAUCCUUUCUUGUUCAGAAGGGCCCGACUAUUGCUUCCAUAAGGGUGGCCCACCCAGCGUCUGAUGGAGUUGGCAAAGGUGUUGGCCAGGUGUGGGUGGGCAGGCUUUUUUGGAGGCUUCUUUUCUCCUCUAGUCUCCCAGUUUUGCUGUUCCCACUUUACUCUUGCCUGCCCCUGGGUAGAACUGUCCUAGUUCCUAUUAGGGUCUCUGGUAUAAAAUCCCAGCCCCCUUGAAGACUCAUUGGAUCCCAUCUUCCUGAUGUUUACCCCUCCUGAUGCUUAUUUCCAGGCAAGAUGUGUAGGGAGGCUCUGGGAGUUCUUCUCCUCAGCCCCAGCCCCCCUUAACCCAGAGCCAACCAAGAAACUCUCCUAUGUCUUUUUUUGAGCAGGUCACUCAAAUAACUAGUCCCUAAGCAGCUCCCACCUCCUGGCACAGACCUCUUUCCUCUAUAAAUAGUCCCCUUUCAAUGUGACUCUGGCUAUCUCCCUUGCCCCUGCUAUAUCCCUAGGAAUGGCUACCCCCUACCAACCCUGUCCCCAGGGUCCCCUGUUUCCCAGAAUAGGGGCCUUCUUUCUUUUUCUACGCCUUAUGGGCACUUAGCUGUUUUUUUUUAGCUGUUUUUUGUUUUGUUUUGUUUUGUUUUAACCUUUUCCCUCCUGGGAGCCGGUAUGCCCUGAGGCACCUACCCCUUUGUUCCAGAGCAGCAGAACUUGGACUAUAAUUGGGGUUGAGGAUGGAAAGCAAGGGGUAAGGAAAGCACUGGUACUAUGAAAUGCCCCUUCUUCAGCCAGGAAUGGACUCUGUAUCCCAAUCAAGGCCAGCAUGGAGCUGGAGUGCCACAAACUUUCCUCCAGGGGGCUCCAGGCACCAUGCCCAGCUAGGCUGCUUCACUCUCUGUUUGCCAGGGUUGCCUGCUGUGCUUGUGUUGUACCUGUGCAUAAGUCAAACCGUGGCUUCUCCCAUAACCAUCUGCCCAGGCUGUUUCUUUUCAUUGGAAGGAAUCUAGCAUAGCCCACCAGGGCCCCUUGGAUUUUGCCAGAGCAGGUCCCAGUUGGGCAUGGUGUCUCCCUUCCCUUGAGGUUACUUGAGACUCCCAAGGAAAACAUGGCAAGCUUGGGUAAGCCUCUUGGGGCUUCCCAGUGAUUUUACAUAAUUGUUUCUUGAAUGUGAUCACAGGUCAGCGGUAGACUUCUAGGAAGGUGUUUCAUGGCAGGUGAAUCCCUUGGGAUUGGUAGUUAAGGGGAGGUCAGAGCUUAAAUCAGGCAGAUAAGGAGGUGACAGCAACUUUUAGAGACAAGGAGAUAACUGAGCUAAAGGCAUAGCAGACACUUUUCUGAGAACAAGGCAACUUUAUCUCCAGAUGGAAGGAUGAAUGGUUAAAAGACUGGUGUCCCUGGCAUGGGACUGAAGGGAGCUGGUAUGAAUGGAUUGGGCUCCAAGAUGCUUGGAAGAAGAGAGGACAUAGACACUUCUGGCCCUUUCUGCUCCCUCUGCUUACUACAAUGCCAGCAAGAGGUCCUUCCCCUCUGCCCCAGUCCAUGUGUCUGACCUUUGCUGAUGGCCUGCCUGUGCUAUGCUUACAAUGUGCAUCAAUAAACCACUACCGCCAGAA